GUUACAUGCACAACGAUCCUGUCACAAAUUAUGAACACUAAGAUGUUUAACAGUAUUUAUAAACUAAACUGUCAUAUGCGUUAUUGAAAUUUAUGUCAUUUCAAGUUGAAUAAUUGGUCUUUACAAUUAACGUGUGUUUAAGGUUUUUAUUUUUGUCAAAGUUGCCAGGGAAUGCAGAGGAAAUAGAAACUGUUGAAAAUACAGAUAUGACAAAAUAUGAAUUGAACUAUCAAAUGAGCUACAAAAUAAAUCAUUUUGAAUAAUGCCAGUGUUAGGACUAAUGACUAGAAAGUUUGAAAUGUUCUCGAGAAAGAAUACAGUAGCUGGUUGCUGUUCUGGCUAGAAUAGUUCUGCACUGCCAUGCCUUGGCCCAACGAGACAGACCAUUUCACAGCCUUGGACAGCCUGGCCCAUUCCCACCCCCUUCAGGAUAUGGGGCCAGUACUUCAGUUCCUGGAAAGGCUAAGAGAGUUACGAGAAGGCUGCCAGUUGUGUGACACCACAGUACAUGUCCAAGGCGCGGAGUUUAGAGCCCACAGAGCUGUCUUAGCAGCCUGGAGCCCUAGACUGGCCACUGAUAUACUAGGGAAGAGUCAAUCUGCUGGUAAGAUCUCCAUAUAUGUGGAUUACGCCCAUUCCACAGCCUUCGCAGAGUGUCUUCAGUACAUGUAUUCAGGGGAGAUAACUCCAGUGUUGGAACAUAUCGACCGCAUUCUGCAUCUGGGCAAGGUGCUCAUGUUAGAAUCACUGUGCAGAAAGUGUGAGGAAUUUCUAGUCAGUCAAUUGAAACUGGAGAAUUUUGUUGACCUCUAUUUCAAGGCCUUAAAGUUUGAACUGAUCAAUCUUCAAGAAACUGUCGCUGAAUUUGUUAAAUUUAAUGUAACUUCUGUGAUAGAGAAUGAUGUGUUGCUGAGACUUGAACCUCAGGACUUUAAAAUAUUUAUUACCCAUGGAAAAAUGGCGAACAUUUCACACGAGUUUAAGUUUUCGCUAAUCAUAGGCUGGGUGGGUCUAAAGGUGCUGGAACGUGACAAAUACCUGCUACACUUGUUUGAUCAGCUGUCCUGGUCUUCCAAUGUUGGUGACCUACUGACCCAGAUAACAAUGACCCAGAAUAUCUUCACUACGAGCCACCUGUGCCUGUUCCAGUUACUGUAUAGUCUUGUUAUCUCUCAAGGUCAUCCCCUCGGUCCUUUCGAGGAAUUAUAUCCUGACCUUCAUCUUAUGUUCUCACACAUGCUGACAGAACUUUCUCAUCCGAAAGCGUUUCAGAAUCCCACAAACUUUCCAAUGGAUGUUGUUCCUGUUGCUAUCAGUGUCAGCAUUGAGUCGGUGAACAUUAGUUCUAAGCUGAAAGGUAAAGAUGCUUGCAUGAAUACAGAGAUAAGUUAUUUUUCGGAAAGUGAUGUUUUGCCAGUUGAAGUCGAUGGGGAAAGUUUGGGGAAAAUUGAUGAUGCUAUAUUUAAUGAUACUGAAAAGAAAAACAAUUUGGCAGGUGUAAGCCUUAAAAAGCAUAGAAGAAAAAGUUUGCCAAGGAAAAUAAAAGUAGUGGAGAAGAUUGGUGUGAAAUUGAAAGACACAAAGUCAAAACGUUCAAGGAGGAGCAAAAAGACUACAACUAAAAAGGGAAAAAAGGUCACUAACAAUAAUGAUCUAGUGAAAGAUUUUGUUGACAGUCUACAAAUGAAAGACUUGGAAGGGAACUCUGAUGUUGUUGCUGAGACUAUUGAAAAUGCUGAUUCUUUAGCUGCUGGUGUUUUGGAAGACACUGAAGAUAUACCUGAGGCUUUUGUUAACAGUGAAGUACCAAUGUCUGAUAUACAUGUAACCAGACCUGAUAAUGGUACGGCUCCUGCUAUGAAAAGUGCUGCUGAAUCAAGCAAGGCACAAAGCGUUGAGACUGAAAAAGUUCUUACAAAUGAAAAGGAAAGCAUUAAAUUAAGCAUAAAUCUAAGCAAGAGGUCAAAAGUUCGUUCAUCUGCGCUGAAAAAGUCCAGUAGAAACAGAACAUUAAAAGGGGACAAUAAUAAAUUAAAACAAACGCAUACCGCUGGCAAAAUGUCUUCCGGAAAAUCUAAACAGACUUGUGCGUAUGAAAACUGUUACUUUGUGUGUAGAAAACCAGAAAUGUUGGAAAAACAUAUUGAACGUGUUCACAUGACUAAUGUUGAGCUGACAUGCUAUAAGUGUGACUACAAAACUAACGAUAUGAAGGCACUCUGCCUCCAUGCAAAGUGUCACUAUACGCAGGCUCCAUACAACUGCGAGUUUACCGACUGCCAGGAACGCUUCAUGCAGAUCAGCUUUCUCAUUCGCCACCACAUGACUCACUUGAACGUGAAACCGUACCAGUGUGACAUUUGCUUUAAACAGUUCACGGUCUACAAUAGACUCUCUUGUCAUAAGAAGUUACAUGAAGGUCGUCAGUACCAGUGUGACGUGUGUAACAAGCACUUCACAACGAAGGGUUGCAUGCAGCAGCACAGGAUGAUUCACUUCAACAACAAGCCCUUCCUGUGUGAUACCUGUGGCUUCUCCACCAAACAUCAGUCCCAUCUUAUCUCGCACCAGAAAAUACACACAGGGAACGUGUUGCGCUGCACAUAUCCUGAGUGCACAUACACCACCCCAAAGCAGGGACACAUGACCCAGCAUAUGAACUCACAUCUAAACAUCCGUAAUCACAUCUGUCAGGUGUGUGGCAAGUCAUUUGUGGUGCGAGGCAAGUUACUGCGCCACGAGAAGAUCCACCUCAAGGACAAACUGUUCAAGUGCAAGCAGUGUGACUAUCAGACCUCCCGCACCGACCGCAUGAAGCUGCACAUAGAAAGUCAUGGCAUCAAGUUCCGCAAGAAAAAAUACAACAUUCCCCGUGUGGAGGAGGAGGAGAUAUUACAGGAGGGCGAUUUCCACCAGUUUUAUGAACGUAUUCAGCCGAUGUCGGAAUCGUCGGGUUUCACCAAUGGUUCCGUUUCCUCUGCAACAUUUUCUAUCCUAAGGACACCUGAUUUUACAGUCGCCAGUGAUAUGAAACAUGUGGAUGUGUUGAGUUUCACGACGUGUGGACCGGGUCUUGGUGAUGGAUUUUCCUCUGGGAAACUCAUAGCCAUUGAUUCAUUGCAUGCUGCGGCUGCUGCGGCAGGGAUAAGUGACGUUCGCUCGACUGACUUUGAGCAGAACUUUGAACGUCUGCAGUCAACUCCUUUUGACCAGAUUUAGUCUGGGCCUUUAAUCGUACACUGUUUAAACAUUAAUUGAGUAGGUUUUAAUUUACUCUUAGUAAGAAUUAGUUUUUUUUCGAUCAAACUUGAUUAUAGAAAAUUAUAAAUAUUAACUUGACCAGAUUUAGACUGGGCCUUUAAUCAUACACUGUUUAAACAUUAAUUGAGUAAGUUUUAAAUUACUCUUAGUAAGAAUGAGUUUUUUUCAAUCCAACUUGAUUUAUAGGAGUAUUAACAGAGGUAACAGUUUCUCACUUAUUCCUUAUUUACAAUAGGCACACAUGCAGUAAUGUUUAUCUUAGAACUUAAGUUUUUUGUGUGUGCCAAGCUAAACAUGCUGAGAAAUAUUAUGGGUAAUAAAAAGUAUGUGUCCUAAAUUUCCUUUACUUGAACGGAUUUAAUGCAAUAUAAUGUAAGUUUGUUGAAUGACCUCUUUCAAAUUCCUCAAGAGGUUUGAAUUAGACUUUAAAUAGGCAUCAACAUGAAGUAUAGAUGUGCAAGACAAUUCUCAUGCCAAAUGAUUCACACAAUGAUGAGAUAAUUGUUCAUGAACUUAGCCAUUUUGUAUGUCAGAAAUAUUGUUUUAAGUUUGUGGAGUGAAUUUCUUUAACAAAAGAUUACCGGUACUUUGAACGUCGACAAAUGUCACAAUAUGUUUUGGCACCGUGAUCUUCAUGUAUUUAUUAUUUUGUUAUGUCGCCUUGACCUUGGCCAUUGGCAUGGCUGCCAUGUCUGUGAACAAGCCAUGUGGGGUUACUUUAAGUCAGUUUUGUGAUAAAGCUCGUUUUUAUUAGAAAUAUACAAUAAUUAAAGGCAUGAAUACACAGAUAAAACAUGUGUGAUAAGAAAGGAUUUUUCAUGGAAUUACUCAAAUACUUUAUUGGAACAUUGGGAGUAAAUGCAGAAAACAUGGAUUAUUUUUAUAUUUGCUGCGUGAAUUUUCAAUUCAUAUUAACAUGUUUUCUUUGCAAACCAUAAAAUAAACUCACUUAAUGAAAAACCAUCGUAGGGUGUUAACUUCAUAAUAUUGCUUAUUUAUUUAUGUGAGAAGAACAUAAAUUAUGCAUUUUUAUUGAACCCUGUAUAUAAUAAACUAGUAUACAUAUAUUAUUUCAAAUGCAAUUAUUUUGUUUACAACCUUCAUUGCUUUACCUCAUUUUGUCAUCAAUAAAGUAUACAAAACUGUAUCAUACUUUGAUUGUAAUUUACCUCUUUUCUUGUGCCAUUUAUACUUUUCACAAGUGGGAUCAUGUGUAAAAAUUUGAAAUCUUGAUAAAUUUCAUUAUUGUUUUAUGUUGACGUUUGUCAAGGGUAUGCACGUAAAAUGUAUUAACUCUUUACCACUUAGAUACUUAUUUAGACACAUUGGAAGUCCCUUAGAAAGUAAGUUUUAAAGGUUUCAGUUCCAACCCUAAGAUACUGAUGAUCAGCAAACAGCAUUAAACCUGAACAGACUGUGAGUUACUUGCAGGCUGUUUUGGUUUUAAUGCUGAUUGCACAGAGCCAUUUUCACUUAUCUUCUAAGUGGGAAAGGGUUUAGUACUAUGAAAAAUCUUAUUGCCACUCUGAAGGCCACAAAGGACAUCAGCUUGAUGAAACUUGGUCAAAAUGUUUAUCUUUACAAUACCUAAGCUGGAAUCGAAUCUUGCUAUUUAAUCUAGGUUUGUUUCUAAAAUUUAUAUUGUUUCCCUCAUAUUAGCUUUAGUAAUAAUAUGAUCUGUUUUCAUGCUAUCAAUUAAGGAUACUGAGUAUUUAGUUGACAAAAAUCUUUAUUGCAUGUUAAACUUCAUCUGAUUGAUUAACUUAUUUGUUGUUGAAUUAAUAUGGGCCAUGCUCUGUGAAAAAGAGGUUUUAUUAACCAGGUUUUCCGAAGGAAAAAACUGGUUAUUAGAUUGGCAAUGGCGGGCUGGCUGGCUGGCGGGCUGGCGGGCGGGCAGAACAAGCUUGUCUGGGCCAUAACUAUGUCGUUCAUUGUCAGAUUUUAAAAUCAUUUGGCACAUUUGUUCACCACCUUUGGACGGUGUGUCGCGCGAAAUAAUUACGUCGAUAUCUCCAAGGUCAAGGUCACACUUUGAGUUCAAAGGUCAAAAAUGGCCAUAAAUGAGCUUGUCCGGGCCAUAACUAUGUCAUUCAUUGUGAGAUUUUAAAAUCAUUUGGCACAUUUGUUCACCAUCAUGGGACGAUGUGUCUCACGAAAGAAUCACAUCAAUAUCUCCAAUGUCAAGGUCGCCACGACUAAAAAUAGAUUUAUUUUGAAACAAACAUACAAAGGGGGUUAAUUUUGUUUGUUAAUUUCAAAAGUUCAGUUUGAGUUGUCUCCCUUUAUCAAUUUUUUUUCACAAUGAAAACCUGGUUUUGUGACAAUUUUGUCCCUUGUUAACCCUUUGAAUGCUGGGAAAUUUGUCUUCUGCUAAAAUGUUGUCUGCUGAAUUUCUAAAAUUAGCAUUUUUGUUUGAUUAAAAAAAACAACAAUACUAUCAAAAUAGCAAAAAGUUUGGAUCCUGAUGAGACGCCACUUUUUGUGGCGUCUCAUCUGGAUCCAAACUGUUUGCAAAGGCCUUCAAAAUUUGGUUCCCGCACUGAAAGGGUUAAUGUUUGAGUCUAAACAGGGACGACACUUCCCACUUGUAUUCAUAUCAAGGAAGACUCAACUUCACAAAAAUCCAGUUUAGGAGGAAAGUGUCGUCCCUGAUAAGCUGGUGAGGACUGCACAGGCUAAUCUGGGACGACACUUUAUGCACAUGCAUUAAACCCCCUUUUCACAGAGCGUGGCUCAUGGUAAGUUAUUGAUGGAUAUUGUUUGUAAAAUGCCAUACAGCUCAAACAUGUUAUUCUCUUAUUGAUCUUAAAUCUCGUUUUUACAGAAAUAUAAAGAUAUGUGUCAGCAUUAUUGAGGUCUUCACAACCUUGGCAAAAUCCAUAAUCCGUAGGCACAAAAAAACUAACCCGUUUUAUGCUUUAAUUAUAGCUGUAUUGACGAAAAAAAUUAAAUGGUUUUGAAAGAAUUUUUAAUGCGUAAGCCAUAUUUGUACCGGCAUAUUGGUGGCCUGUUCUAAGAUCAGUCCCUUCAAUAUUAUUAUGAAGUGACAAUGAUUUUGUGAUCAUGAUCUUAUGUUUGUUUCCAUACUGAAAGUGAAUGUUAAUGAAGUUGCUUUCCCUUUUUAUUAUUAUACAAAUUACACAUCAGUUGGUCUGAAUAAGCAUAUGUUUAGAAUGACUGUAUUAUGUCGCUUUUGGGGUAUUUUUUUAAGCAUAGUGUUCGGCCUAUACUUUUUAGCUAACCUAACAUUAUGCUUAUGGUGAGCUUUUGUGAUCGCCUUUUGUCCGUUGUGCGUUGUGCGACGUCAACAUUUGCCUUGUUCACUCUCUAGAGGCAACAUUUAUUAUCCAAUCUUCAUGAAAUUCGGUCAGAAGAUUGUUUCAAUGAAAAUAGUUACGUUUGCUUGAAAAACAUGGCUGCUAAGGGGCGGGGCAUUUUUCCUUAUAUGGCUAAAGCAAAAUCUUGUUAACACUCUAGAGGCCACAUUUAUUGUCCGAUCCUCAUGAAACUUGGUCAGAAGAUUCAUCUCAAUGAUAUCUUGGACGAGUUCAAAAAUGAUGUCUGUUGGUUGAAAAACAUGGCCGCCAGGGGGCGGGCAUUUUUCCUUAUAUGGCUAAAGUAAAACUUUGUUAACACUCUAGAGGCCACAUUUAUUUUCCGAUCUUCAUGAAACUUGCUCAGAUGAUUUUUCCCAAUGAUAUCUUGGAUGUGAACAAAAAUGGUAACCUUAGCUUGAAAAACAUGGCUGCCAAGGGGUGGGGCAUUUUUCCUUAUAUGGCGAUACAUGUAUAUGGCUAUAGUAAUAUCUUGUUAACUUUCUAGUUUGCUCAAUCUUCAUGAAAUUUGGUCAGAACAUUUGUUUCCUGUGGAGUAAAGUUUGGUUUCAUUAUGUCAAUAUUAUGUGACAUUAACUGUAUUAUGUAAUUUUUCAUAACACAGAAUUUUCAUAGUUGACAUAACUGUUUCAGUCAUUGACACUUAUGAUAAGCCUUUCAACUAAGAGAUAACUGAAAGAAAGACAACAUGUACAUGAUUUUGCAGUAUUUAUCUCCCUUGUUUAAUCUGGUUCAGUAAUCUAUUUUUAGUUCUGCUCUGGAAUUUGGGAAGAUAUUGAUCAUUGAUAAAUGCACUGUUCUGAGGCAAAAUUGACUACUCUGCCAUUGAUUUCUUCUGAACUGUAUAAAAUGGCUGAUUUAAACACCUCUUGAUGCUUUCUUUAAAAGUUAACAGAUCUUGAAAGGUUGGAAUUUUGAAAUAAUUAAACUCUAAAUUAUUUUUAACACCAGCAUCAAGGCAUUUAGGCAUUAUUUUUAUGCCCCCCUUCGAAGAAGAGGGGGUAUAUUGCUUUGCUCAUGUCAGUCUGUCGGUCUGUCUGUUUGUCGGUCCGUCCACCAGGUGGUUGUCAGACGAUAACUCAAGAACUCUUGGGCCUAGGAUCAUGAAACUUCAUAGGUACAUUGAUCAUGACUCGCAGAUGACCCCUAUUGAUUUUGUGGUCACUAGGUCAAAGGUCAAGGUCACGGUGACCCGAAAUAGUAAAAUGGUUUUUGAAUGAUAACUCAAGAACACAUACGCCUAGGAUCAUGAAACUUCAUGGGUAGAUUGAUCAUGACUUGCAGAUGACCCCUAUUGAUUUUGAGGUCACUAGGUCAAAGGUCAAGGUCACGGUGACCCGAAAUAGUAAAAUGGUUUCCGGAUGAUAACUCAAGAACGCAUACGCCUAGGAUCAUGAAACUUCAUGGGUAGAUUGAUCAUGACUCGCAGAUGACCCCUAUUGAUUUUGAGGUCACUAGGUCAAAGGUGAAGGUCACGGUGACCCGAAAUAGUAAAAUAGUUUUCGGAUGAUAUCUCAAGAACGCAUAUGCCUAGGAUCAUGAAACUUCAUCGGUAGAUUGAUCAUGACUUGCAGAUGACCCCUAUUGAUUUUGAGGUCACCAGGUCAAAGGUCAAGGUCACGAUGACCCGAAAUAGUAAAAUGAUUUUCGGAUAAUAACUCAAGAACGCUUUUGCCUAGGAUCAUGACACUUCAUAGGUACAUUGAUUGUGACCCGCAGAUGACCCCUAUUGAUUUUCAGGUCACUCGGUCAAAGGUCAAGGUCACAGUAACAAACUGAGGAGCUGCGCCAUGAGCGCAUGAUACGCCCGUCGUUCGCCAAUGAAGUAGUAAGGUAAUAAAUAACCCUUUGAAUCAUUUUUUUACUUCAGUUUAUUUGUAUUUGAAUACAUGGUUUAUUUUAUAAGUACAUGAGCAUGGAGCGCCGUCUCCUUGACAUUCAUACCAUAUCUUUUUUUGAGUAUAUGUAUGCAUUUCUUUAGAGGAUAUGAUGUUGAAGUAAACCUGUUAUAGAUAUUUUGACCAAUAAUAAAAGAGAAAUGUAGAUGGGUAAGUGGUAGUGUACAAUCGGAAUAGAAAAAAGCUCACCUUGUUCAAUUUUUCAGGGAUACUAAAAAAAAAAAAAAAAAAAUCCAUCGAAGGAUAUUUGAGCUACAGUAGGACAUUCAAUGAAAUCACGAAAUUUUGACGAACAAAGUCCCAUAACUCUGGAACGACAAUUCAGAAUUCCGUCAAAAACGAAAGGGGAUCAGGGUUUAUCAAUAUUAAGAUUGUGUUAAAAUUUGAAGAAAAUCUGUCAAAGGAUAUUUGACGUAGCGUACGACAUUAACAGACGGUCGGACGGACAGACGGACGGACGGACAGACGCGGGGUAUACCAUAAUACGUCCCGUCAUAGACGGGCGUAUAAAAACAUAUUCACACAAUGGCUGUCACUACAACGGAGGGCCCAUAUGGGGGGCAUGCAUGUUUUACAAACAGCCCUUGUCUUAAUUAUUCUUAUUAUUUAGAUUAUUUUUAUUUGGCAUUUUCUAAAUUAGAAAGACUCUAUUCUAUUUCAAUAACUUUAAUUAAUUUUUCUUACUUUUACAUUUGAUUCACUGAAGUUUCCUAAUCUCCAUAAAUAUUGUUCUUUAGAUUAAAUUAGACCUAUUUUGUAAACUAGAUUUUUGAAGCACUUUCUAGACUAACAGUAACUUAUAUUUAUAUCAGUUUUUUGACAGAUUUUGAACUUCUUUUUACAUUCAUUAAGGUAUUUGCUGUAUGUUGUUCAUUUUUGUAACAUUACUAGAUUCUUUAGACUUGGCUUGUACCUGUUCUUAAUUUUCUGUCAUUGUUCUUCAUUUUCCGAGUUCUUGGAAUAAAAAUUAGUUAUUUUUGUUAAAGCUGCCUUGGUUUUCACUUAUAAAUAAAUUCUUUGAGUGUACUUAGGCGUCCCUGACUGAACGCCUUUAGUUAAUUGAAUUACAACCAGUCAGUAUAGUCAUCCUGACUUGAAAUAAGAGUUCGUCAAAUAAAUAUUUUCGCAUAAGUGCUCACAAAGUUACAUCACUUGUAACCGUCCUGCGACCAGUUCAUUUGUGUAAGCAAAGGAGACCGCACUACCACACCUGGAUAGGACAGUUGAGUUCGAUAAUGGUUUGGAUCGGUAAAAAAACAUGGCCGCCAGGGGGGGGUCUUUUUGCUUAUAUUUAUAUAGUAAAAAAGCUUGUAAACACUCUAGAAUUCACAUGUUUUGCCUAAUCAUCAUGACAUUUUGUCAAAACAUUAGUUAUGUGGAUGUCUCAGACAAAUUUGAAAAUGGUCAUGAUCAGUGAAAAAACAUGGCCGCCAGGGAGUGGGGCAGUUUUCUUUAUAUGUAUAUAGUGACAACAUGUUAACAGUUUAGAAGACACAUUUUUUCCCAAACUUCAUGAAAUUUGGACAUAUCUUGGAAGAGUUAAAAAAUGGUUCAGGUCUGUUAAAAAAACAUGGCCGCCAAGGGGCCAUUUGUUGUUCAUUCUUCAUGAUACUUGGUUAGAACAUUUGUUCCAUUGAUAUCUUGGGCUGCAAAAAAAAGGUCAUUUUUUUUAUCUCAGGUGAGCAACUUUGGGCCUUUCAGGCACUCUCGUUUGUAUUGAAGGAUGUAUUGGUCGUAUAUUGCAUAAGACAGGUCUUCCACUUUUGGCAUGGCAUGGGUCAUUUGUCUUAUAUGUAUAUGUCAUCUCAUUAUGUGUAUGAAGUGUAUUAUAUGUGAAGAUAUUGAUUUAACUAUUCUUGUUCAAAGUUGCUAGAAAACUUGACUUUUUUUAUUGUUAAGUAUUUAUCUUGCAUUUAAAUGGGUGAGAAGGAUGAGGUAAAUAAAACAAAAUCAUUUUAUGUGAA